AUGAGCUCUCUGUACCGAUUCAUCUCCAAUAGAUUCUGCAGACCAUAUCGAAAUCAAUUUGGAUAUUUAGUAUCUUCACCGAAUUUUAAAGGGUAGGUGAAAUUUCGGGCUUUAAGUUUGCGAAAAACAGAUUUUGUUAUUGAUGACUUCUCUACUCCAAUUUUUUUUCCAGAUUUGUCAUGCCCUUCUACGCCGUAGCCAAAGGCCGUCGAGUUGGGAUCUACGAGACCUGGAAGGAGUGUAAAGCCCAGACCGACGGAUUCCAAGGACCUCGGUUCAAAAAGUUCAACACAAAAGCCGAAGCUCAGAGCUUUAUUGAUGAAAAUAAAGGCACGGGUGGAGUGAGGAGGAAUGUUGGAGGACAGGAGCCUGGACCAUCGAGAAAGAGGCCAAAUUUGGAGCCCGGAAAUGGUGCAUCGUCUGUGGUGAAGAAGGCUAAGGGACUGUAAGUUUGAAAAUUUUCGGGAAAUAUCAAGUGCAAUAUAAAAAUUGCAGAUUUUUCAAAAUUAAUGCUACUAUGAAAAGGAAAAAUGGAUUGAAAAUGUAUUUUAGACUGUGUUUUGUAUUUUAGAUAUUAAAUUGAGUCAUUUUGAGAUUAUUUUUUUUGUCAUGAAUAAUAUAAUUUUAUUUUCAGAGGACCUCAUCCGGAUGCACCGACUGUCUGGACUGACGGUGCUUGUCGAGGAAAUGGCAAAAAACAUGCUCGAGUAAGUUUUUGACUUUUUAAUUUUCAAUUUUAUCAAAAUUUUUAUAUAAAUCAUGACAAAAUGUAGUGUAAUAUAAUUUUUCCUGUGAAAAACAGCAUAUAUGUGCACUUUCAGGCUGGCUGGGGCGUAUACUGGGACGAUGGACACCGCGACAAUAGAUGUGGACCACUAGAAGGCCCUGAACAGACCAAUAAUCGAGCGGAAUACACUGCUGUUAUCGAAGCCAUCAAAACGGCGAAAGAAAGAGGCCUCAGAAAGCUGAAUCUGAAUACGGAUUCGAAUCUUCUGGUCCGCUCGAUGACUGAAUGGAUGCCCAAAUGGCGAAAGAAUGGAUGGAAAACGGGGACCGGAGGCGCUGUCAAAAAUAAGGACUUACUUUUGAAGAUCAAUGAGCUCUGUUCUCAAGUCGAUGUCCGUUUCCAACAUGUGGAUGGUCAUGCUGGAAUCCAUGGCAACGAAAUGGCUGAUCAAUUGGCUUGUCGAGGCGCUGAUGGAGGAUAG